AGCAUAUCGAAUUCGGUACUAACAACAUUCUAGAAGCGGGUUUCUUAAGCUCCAGUUACAUUAUUUCAUACAUUAUGGCUCAGUCUGCUUGUCUAUGGUCUCAAAGUUGAUUCGGUACUACUCCUUGCCAAAAACCAUCUCUCUCCCAUUUGAAUUCCUCGGAGCUGAGUGUACACGAGUCGACGAUCGAGUGAUUAGUUACACGGUUAUACAGAUGAGUUCCCGACUUUGGAUUUUGGGCGGUCCGGAUAGUAAUAACCGGAGUACUUGCUUGAUUUCAAUGAUUGAGGAUUUGUCUCCAACGAGGCAAGAUGCCAAAGAACAUUCUGCAGAAAUCUAAAGGUUUUGGAGGUGAUGUUGAGCAGCUCUUCGAAAAUAGCCGCAAAGUCUAGUUCCCGAGGUGAAGCAAGGAACUUCAAGGAGAUAUAUUUUACGGGGAACGCAGGCAGGGAAGUGAUAUGUCGUCGGAAGAAAAAUCGAAGCCCAAUUUGCCAUCGAUCGCUGACUGUGGUUGCAGAUCCUUGGAAGAUUUCCACAUCACAGGCACAGGGAAGGUCGCGACGGGCAACGAGGUCGGCAGAUACUGCAGGCGAAGGACUGCUGUGCCCCAUACUGUACGGUGCGGAAAGCGGAGUACGACAGAGCGCGUCGGACCACAGUAGACGUCGCGGUGCAAACAUCGAACGUGGUUCGCGACGGACGUGAUGAUGGCGUCGUGUAGCGCCAUAGCUCUAGAUUCCUUCUCCUGCUGGACAGGAAGGAAGGGAAGGAGGAGACUUCCCUCGAGGGAGGAGACCAUGUGGUAAAGACAGAAUCUAUGAAGUGGACGACAUUUCGAGCACGAAGGCAAGCUCUGGGCCUCUUCUGAUCGAGAAAUCAGAAUCUCGGGGCUCGGUGCUCACGAGCGAUGUGUCUUCGGCCGAGAGACGAGUUGUAGGUGUUGCAGAACGGAGGAAAUUUGGAGCCCGAGCAAGCAGCAGCAGCAGAAGCAGAUGAUCGGCAGUAAGCGGCACUGAUCAUAUGAUGAGCUGCCGAGGAGGAAAAUUUUAAUCGUCGGAACGGUCUUCCCCAUGACAGGGAGCAGCAUAGUCCGAAUCUCGACUAGGUAGCGAAGUCUGCAGCGCAGCUGUAUAAUGCGUGAAUUUUUUGGAGAGAGAGUAUUCGAGUGCAUAUUUUCGUGGCGGGGCGGGAGAUCGUGAAUUUGAGCGUGGAGAUCUGGGAAUUUGUUCCGUGGAAGGCUUUGCCGCGUAGGGCACAAAGAAUCUGCUGAGGCAACGUAAAGGGUCGUUGUACUGCGGGCAUGACAGAGAGAAUUUUAGCCUUGGAAUAAUGACGUCUCUUUCGCAUUAAUGAAGACUGGACGGAUUGGGAGACGCACCACGAACAUUGCCUCUGCUGCCGCAUCGUGGAGCUCUGUCUGGGGAAAGUGUCAGCCUCCAAUCUCAGCGCUGUCGGAGAGCGAGACGCAGGUGGGCAUAACACCGGGCGAGAGGUCUCCGUCGGGACUUACCCCGCGUUGUUGGCAAGAUCAAGUCCGGGGUUCUGAGGGAUCUUCUGUCAACGAGGUUUAAGAAGUUGUACGUCUGUCGAAGGCUUCGUGCCUUCGACGGUUCUCUCUAGGCUCUCAUGCCUGGGUCUCCGCACCAUCGUCGAAGAACAUCUUCUCCCAGACAGGGGGGAGCCGACGAUAUUUCAGGAAUGGAUUACGGCGUUCCGCGCCCGAGAUCGCAACUAGUCGUCAAGGUCUUUGUGGCCGCUUCCCUGACGGCACUAUGCAUGUUCAUAUUAAGACAGCCAUCUUCAUCUGCCGGUUCUGAGAUGUUCACCAAACGGGAGGUUGGAGUAACGCACGUGCUGGUGACAGGCGGAGCAGGGUAUAUAGGAUCUCAUGCUACAAUGCGGCUUCUAGAGGACGGGCAUAGAGUUACCAUUGUGGAUAAUCUCUCAAGAGGUAAUCUCGGUGCAGUGCAUGCAUUGAAGACAUUAUUUCCCCGAGUGGGUCGCUUGCAGUUCAUCAAUGCCGACUUGGGAGAUCCGAAAGCUGUAGAUGAAAUCUUCUCAAAAAAUGCAAUCGAUGCUGUAAUGCAUUUUGCAGCCGUUGCAUAUGUUGGUGAGAGCAUGGCAGAACCUUUAAGGUAUUAUCAUAAUAUAACGUCCAAUACACUUGGGAUCUUAGAAGCUAUGGUUAAACAUAAAGUGACCAAAUUGAUAUACUCAAGCACAUGCGCCACAUAUGGAGAACCCAAAAAAAUGCCCAUCACCGAAGCAACUCCACAGGUGCCGAUCAACCCGUAUGGAAAGGCUAAGAAGAUGGCGGAGGAAAUCAUAAUGGACUAUGUCAAUGUAAAGAAUGCAGACUUGGCAGUUGUGAUAUUGCGAUACUUCAAUGUUAUAGGGUCUGAUCCUCGGGGGAGAUUAGGAGAAGCCCCGAGACCAGAAUUGAGAGCACACGGUCGUAUCUCGGGAGCUUGUUUUGAUGCUGCCAUGGGCAUCAUUCCAGGAUUGCAGGUGAAAGGAAACGAUUAUGAGACAAAAGAUGGAACUUGUGUUCGAGACUACAUACAUGUUACUGAUUUAGUUGAUGCACACGUCAAAGCCUUAAAUCACGCCAAGAUGAAUGCUGUUACUGUGUAUAAUGUCGGCACUGGGAAAGGAAUUUCUGUUCAAGAGUUCGUGGAGGCUUGCAAGAAAGCAACAGGAGUCAAGAUUGAUGUACAGUACCUGGGGAGAAGAGCUGGAGAUUAUGCUGAGGUUUACAGUGAUCCAGCAAAAAUUAAGAUGGAGCUCAACUGGACAGCAACUCAUGUGAACCUUACAGAAAACCUGGCAAUUGCCUGGAAGUGGAGAAAAUUACACCCCGAAGGUUAUGAUAAUUCCGUAAAUCUUUCUUAAAUGCUCACAAACGAGCAUUUAGUUGUCAAUUUGUUGAUUGCACGCGCCCGCCCAUAGAAUAACAAAUUACUUUCAGGAACCUUACCUAUGUGGGGAAUAGAUUUACCAUCUUAGAUUUCAAGGAUUACUGAACACAUGUAUUUUACCAUUCUUUAUCUUCUUCUGCUUGCGUAUUCACUCUUUAAGGAAUAAGUCCCUUCUGAAGAAGUCUUAGCUCAAACAUUAAGAGGAUCAGACAGUUUUGUAGGCCCACCCGUCAUCAUGUAAGUAGCAGAGCAAUUUUUUCUGAUCUCAUUAUUUAGUGAAAGAUCGAAAGGUAACAAAUUUUACUCUCUUAGCCGGCGUCUGAAACUUUAUAUUUGUUCCUAGGAUUGUCAUUGUUUUCAUUCAACUCCAUAGGCAGGAUCCUAAUGUGGACUACUUAUGAGCAGAACCUGUUACUAAUCUUCUGAUCUCAAAGGAGUAUGUAGAUCUCAUAACGCUUCAGACAUAAGGAACAGUACAUGUACUGUUCCCAACGUCUGACUCGAAAGUUCCAUGUACAGUUCGCUCUUUAAUUGAAAUGUCUUGUGGUUUUCACUGCG